AACGUUGUCAAGGAGACCGACAAAUUUUUCUGAAAAAUAUAAACAAAACAAGCGUUUAGUAGUUUGAGAGUUCAGGUUUAAAAAAUGUUUCAUAUAUUUCCAAAACAUACGGGAAUCUAUAAUAUACUUGACAAUAUUGAAUAUCUAGAAUUGGAAGUGCAUUUCCGUCACAUUAACUCUUUGUUGAAAUUGCCAAAGUUCGAUCGGGCUUUCAUCGAUGUAAAAAUCAAUAGUUUAACUAAAAAUAUUGAAAGUGUUAAACAAACUGAAGACACAACUUGUUUGAGAAGAAUUCGUUGGCAAGAAAAACUUUUAAGUCCUAGCGAAAUUGAACUCUAUAAAGAUGAGCGAAUUUGUCUCACCGAUACACAAAAGAAGUAUAAUCAAUGGCUAUUGGAGGCUGGGGUGUCAGAAGUUUCGUCAGGGCACUCUUCAUCGGUGAACGAAGUGAGCAAACGUUGUCAUAAAAAGCGCAAUAAAAAGUCGCGAAAAGCAGAAUUUUCAUCCAAAGAACGUUGGGGUGAAAUAUUUACCUAUGUGCAUGAGGACGACUUCAAUCCGGAUAAAGGUUCGUUAUUAUCAAAUGGAGACAAGAUUGAAAAACAAACGAGAUUUUAUGAACACGUCGCAGCACAGCAGUUUAUGUACAUAUUUGCUGCCAUAUCACCAGACACACAAUUGGUAUCUCUUGCUUGGUAUCCGGAACAGCGGCAAUUACAUAUUUAUCCAGAUUUCAACGACAUCGCCGUUAAUCCCUAUUAUAUUCAAGUCGACACAGAUUAUCGUCAUUUGUACGCCUUUGCUGUGCAUAAUGUUUCAAAGCGUAGGCGUGUUGCAAAUCCGACAACUUACUUGCGCCUUCCAGAGUUAACAGCACAUUGGCAGGAAGAACGAGACUUGAACACCUUGUUUGAUCUGCCACCGAAACGCACAACCCGUAUAUCAUUGCUUUUUGAGUUACGUCAGGCGAAUGGAUUCAGCUAUGACAAUAUUCACGUACGUUAUCAGAUUAAAUUGCCAGCAAACACCAUUCUCGAAGAAGGUGUGUUGAACGCCAGUACGCAUGCUAGCUCUCCUGGUCCUGCUAAUGUUGAUUGCUUCUUCGGUUAUAAUUGGCAAUUGACUCUGCUCUGCGAGGAGGACUUUGAUCCUGCUCACUUGUUGCAUGUAUACUUCGAAGUAAUUUCUAUUGACAGCUGGGGUCGCGAACGUAUUGAAGGGUAUGCACACUAUUCAACAUAUCUUUUAACCGGAUCGAACUCAGCAAAGCUUAUGUGUCUAUGCCCUGCCGAAGGAAUAUUAGAAACACUCACUCGUUAUCUAAUCGGUGGACGUCGACUAUUUGAUUUUAUAAGUUUUUAUACAGACACGGCCAAAGAUACACUUAUCAAAUCACGGUACGGCUGUCGCAUUCAAACCACGGGACAACUGGAGCUUAAUUGUCAAUGUUUCAGACAACGUCACUGUGAGUUGCUCACUCCAUCGACGAACAAGACAAGUGGAAUGACUUUGGAUGAUAUUAUGUUAGCGUAUCGCGAAUCUCGCAGGCGACUUGAAGCUGUGGUGUUGAAGUGACAACACUCAGUUCGGUUAUACCUGAUCCAUCAGUGCUCAAUUCGGAUUUGUAGAAGAAUUCUUUACAAACUUUAAUUAUAUUAUUGAUGCCCCAUGAGGAGUGAAAUAGUUUGCUGAAAGUGAAUAAGAUCUGCUUAAGGCAGAA